UUGAAGACGCGACGCAACAAAGCGGUUGUAAUUUCAUUUUAUUGGCAUGUGUGAUUAGGGAUUUCAUUUGUUAUUAAUAAAAUAAGAGAAUUGGCAAACUGCAGAUUUUAAGUGUGUAGAAAAAACUGGUCGCUCACAGAUUUCCUACUAAGCGCACAAUAAUACCCGUGAAACUUCCGGUCAAAUAAAUAGUCCAUCAUAAAAAUGUCGCAUCCUCCAUAUGAUUCGAAUCAACCGAUUCUGGGACCAUCUCCCGGAAACUUGGCUAUCAUGAGUCAGCAACAGUACCUUUCGGCUCAACAGCCCCGGACCGACGUGGAAUAUUUCUACGCUUACGUCGCCGAAUCCGAGCUGUCAAACGUAGGCCACUGGAUUUUAUUGGAGCCGGACAAAACAUUGAGCCUUAAAAAUCUGCGUGAAUUUUAUUCGACCUGCUUCGGCAUCAAGCACAAGGUAGUAAAUGGGAGCAAUGAUCCGGAGGUGCGCUACAUCCGGUACCACAAUGGUUACUUCCGCUUUCCCCCGGGAUUAGAUCUCAACAAUACGCGCUUCGUUGCCUUUUAUUAUAAUGACGUGGGAGAUAUUAAAGCAUUCAUGGAAAUGGCCGAAGCAAACGAUACUGAGAGGUCCAAAAGAACGUUGCCCGUUGCCUCAGCAAAUGCCUGUCAGCUUCCGCCGGAUUGCAAUAACAACGAUAUAACACUAAUGGGAAGAACAUCCGUCUUUGAUAUGGAUAGUAUUUUACGGAGCGGGGCACAAAGUACUCCCGUUAAAGGGAGUAGCAGCAGACAAAUUCCAACAAUGGAAAAUGUCUCAUCUACAUCGGAUGUCAUCCUGAAUGAACCCCCGAUAGAGGUUAUUACUAUUCAGGAUUCCCAGGACACUUUCCGACACACGCUACCACCGCCUCCUUCCGGGCCACCGAAAUCUUUAAUGCCUGUGAAUGAACAUCCCGUGCAACCUCCAGCAUCGACAGCUACUGGCAUUAGGGCUAAGUUAGGUCCGAGUGUUUCAUCCACAUCUGACGAAAAGCAAAUAAAAAAUGAGCGACCCAAACAUGAAAGAAUAACAAUCAAUGAUUCCAGUGGUUUCCAGCGGGGUCGCAGUUCCGUCAUGGUAAAAGUAAAUGUUGCAGCAAAAUCCAAGAAUAUGUUUGAUCGUUACCAGCAGUCCCGUCCGCCACCGGAAAAUGUGAACGCAAAAACUCCACUGAAGGUUACCUUAAAAAAUCGCGGUCGUCAAAUUCAACCUAAAAAAUUUAUGAAAAUUGAAGAUGCUAGAGGUCGUACCACCGCCCUUCUAACUAAGAAAAAGUGGUCCGAAAAUCCUAAAAACAAUAAUUACAAACGCCGUUCAGAUCCGGAUGAGGCAGUAGACGAUCGACUCCAGAAACGCCGCCGUUAUGACAACCAGUACAACAACUAUCAGCAACCAGAAACAAAGCAUAACCCAUCUUACGGUCUAGAUAAUCGUGGCCUCCAUGUACUGCUUGUAGGAUUCCACGAUCAAGCCCCAGUCGUGCACGAAACGACCAACUACUUUUCAGAAUUUGGAACCGUCACCAACUUCCAGCUGUACACACACGCAAACCGCUGGAGCGUGUCAGAAUAUUAUGCGUACAUGGAAAUCCGUGCGAACGACGCGGUGUCGCUAUUUUCCGAUCGGCACAUCUACAAUGGGGCUAUUAUCUAUGCCAUCCGCGUUGACGGCGCACGGCUUCCUCCGCGGCUAACUUGCCGAACGUGCGGAUACUACGGACUUAAUUUGGCCUAUCUGGCGUAUCACGUCGAGGGCCAAUAUCAUCAGCAGAACUUGCGAAAACGAUUGGAAGCCCAGGCCGCUGACCACGGCCAGCAUGUGUUUCUCGAUAGCUACUACAGAAUCACGCAGGAUGAGCUCUACGUGCAGCAUCCAACCGAUCAUGUACAGGAGAUUGUUAGAAAUGAAUACUGGAAAAGAAGCUAUCAACCAGCAACCUAUUCCGAAACUGGCGGCUCCGGUAAGCGUUAUUACACUACUGCCGAAAGAGAACGUUUUUACUGAGCUGUUCAUUCAGUCUCAUCAACAUCAAUCUGUUAUUUUUAAAUGUAUCUGAGUUGAGCUCUACAUUCACGUAUUCGAAAAUGCGUAAAUAGAAGAUAAGGAUUAUUAAUUCAAUUCGAUCGAUAUGGAUCGUUCUGAUUUGGAAGAAACGUGCCAACAUAUAGGCAUAUGUUUUUACUUCUAAAAAGAUUACAUAAUGAUCUAGAAGAUAAAACUGAAAAUUUCAGUACUCGAAGAUGAAAACUACUCGAUUUGUAUAAUAGUUUCGGAACAGCAUAAUCGAAACAUGGAAGUUAAUCGAUUAUUCAUUUGGUACAACUCAACUCAUACUGGGAAAACAAAAUCGAACUAUACGGAGUUUGUAUCUUCAGAAUGUAAUUCCUUGAUGGAAAUUUUAGACGUUUUGAAAACAGUUGAAAAUCGAGCGGAUCGAUACAUUCAUUUUUCAAAUGCUCGGAAGUUCUAAGUUUUAUUAAUCGAAUAGUAAACCGUAAGAUUGUUAUAUUUGAACGCUAUCUGUGAAUUGCUGAGAAUAAAAGCGUUAGUUAAGUUGAAACAAUAAA